AUGAAGAGUGAUCCCCAAAUUACACCUAAAACGCUUGGAGUACGUGUCUCUACGAGAGCUCUCAAACUCCUUGGCCUUGUUAAUGGACUUAGACGCAUCCAUAGUGACGAUAUUGGACGCGUCUUCUUUAAAGGUGAAUCGGAUUCCGAUGUUUACUCUUGCCAUUUCAAAGAUAAUAUUUUUGGAAUAUCUGAGGUGGAUUUUUUGGCCAAGAUAUCCACUUUGAGAAACAGUAUCGGAUAUAGUAGUGAUGAUGAUUUCAAUGCUUAUGACUAUGCUUGUGUCCUAGAUGAGAAAUUGAGCUCCGUUGUAGAGAUUCAAACGGAUCCUGAUUAA